CAAGGAGAGAUUCCGGGCAUUGGAACUUGCAGUAGCAGACUGGAAGUUUUUGAUGUUUCUGGGAAUGAUUUCAAUGGAAACAUUCCAUCUGGCAUCACAGAAUGCAGUCGCCUGAAGUAUUUAGAUUUGGGGUUUAACAGGCUUGAUGGAAGUAUACCAGUUGGAAUUGCUGACUUGAAGGGUCUUGUGUUCAUUCGAUUAGCAAAUAACUCGAUUGACGGAACAAUUCCUUUGGCAUUUGGGAGUAUUGAAUGGCUUGAAGUUCUGGAUUUGCACAAUCUCAAACUCAGUGGUGAAAUCCCAGAAGAGAUAAGCAAUUGCCAGUAUCUUCUCGAGCUAGAUGUUUCUGGCAAUUCUUUAGCAGGAGGCGUUCCGCAGAACCUCCAGAACAUAACAUCCCUUGAAAUUCUCGACCUGCAUAAUAACCAGUUCAACGGAAGCAUACCUACAACCAUUGGAAAUUUAUCUAACCUGCAUUAUUUGGAUUUGUCGGAAAACUUUCUAUCCGGACCCAUCCCUUUGACAUUUGGGAAUCUCAAAAAUUUAACUCAUUUCAACAUUUCUUACAACAACCUUUCUGGUGCUAUCCCUUCUAUUCCUAGCAUCCAGCAGUUUGGAUUCUCAGCCUUUUUUCACAAUCAAGGUCUUUGUGGUGCUCCAUUAGAAAACUCUUGUUCUGGCACAGAACGGAAACCAAAGUUGAGUGUUUCAACAAUUGUUGCUAUAGUUGCUGCUGCUUUGAUUGUUACAGGCGUUUGUUUGAUAACCAUCAUCAACAUGAAGGCUCGGAGGAGAAGAAGAGAAGAUGAGACCAUGAUUGUAGAAAGCACCCCGUUAGCUUCAACAGAAUCUAAUGUCAUCAUUGGAAAAUUAGUCCUCUUCAGUAAAAGCUUGCCUUCAAAGUAUGAGGACUGGGAAACUGGCACCAAAGCGUUGCUUGACAGGGAAUGCCUAAUCGGUGGAGGCUCUAUUGGAACAGUGUAUAAAACUACCUUUGAAGGCGGAAUAUCAAUUGCUGUGAAGAAACUUGAGACUCUGGGAAGAAUCAGGAACCAAGAUGAGUUCGAGCAUGAAAUUGGACAUUUGGCGAAUCUUCAACACCCCAAUCUUGUUGCUUUUCAAGGUUAUUAUUGGUCAUCUAGUAUGCAGUUAAUUUUAUCUGAAUUUGUCUCGAAUGGAAACCUGUAUGAUAACUUGCACGGUGUUAAUUAUCCUGGGACCAGCACUGGUGUUGGUAAUCCAGAAUUGAAUUGGUCAAGAAGGUUUCAGAUAGCAUUAGGGACUGCCAGAGCACUAGCGUACCUUCACCAUGACUGCAAACCUCGGGUUCUUCAUCUCAACGUCAAAUCUACUAAUAUACUACUGGAUGAAAACUACAAUGCCAAACUAUCAGAUUACGGUUUGGGGAAGUUGCUUCCUUUGCUAGACAAUUAUGGUUUGACACAUAUCCACAGUGCAGUUGGAUAUAUUGCACCUGAGUUGGCACAAAGUUCAAGGAUCAGUGAAAAAUGUGACGUUUAUAGUCUUGGGGUUAUUCUGCUGGAGUUGGUUACAGGGAGGAAGCCGGUGGAAAGUCCUUCGGCAAAUGAGGUUGUGAUUUUGUGUGAAUAUGUUAGAAGUUUGGUCGAGAGUGGUUCUGCUUUGAAUUGUUUCGACAGAAGGUUGAGAGGAUUUGCCGAAAAUGAGCUUAUUCAGGUCAUGAAGUUAGGGUUGAUAUGUACUUCUGAAGUUCCUUCAAGAAGACCAAGCAUGGCUGAGGCUGUUCAGAUACUUGAAUCCAUAAGAAAUGGUUAUAACUAUUGAUUGCAAGAAUUUAGUUUUUUGGUACAAGGUAACAUAAUAUUCUUUCAUAUUUAUUCCGGAUUAGAAUCAUUAAUUUGUUCUUAUGAUUGCAAUAAAAUUAUUCCAUUUUUUGCAA